GGCAUGCAGUAUGUCAUUAUGAACACCACGUGCACCAAAUCUGCGCUAAAGGGAGCCAUGCCACCGAACUGCAUGCCGGAUGACGCAAAGUUUGGAGGUGGGUUUUACUUUGGCAGUCCCAGCAGCCAGCUGCCGUGUCAACGCUGGCUGUAUACGUACAAUGGUACGACCUUUGAUCUUAUAGUUACCCAGCAAGACUGUAUCCCCGUCAUAGAAACUGAAUACAGUGGCACUGAUGCAGAGACAGAAUGCAGGGGCAAAAACAUUGGAUCAGUGUUUGAAGAAUAA